CCUAAUUGCUCAUCACCUUUAACACAUGAUGUCGUCUGAUCUGGAGACUACCAGCAAUAAGGCAAUUUCAAGUGCUCACAAUGGUGUUGGUAUUUCCAUAUCAAAGAGGGAUCUACCACCCGCCGACUACUUGUUUAAGAUCGACCCAUAUCCCUCGUCGAUGGACAAAUUGGGGGAGAAGUAUGAGUCUGAUGCUUUUCAAGUUGGUGAUUACACAUGGAAGUUGGUACUCUAUCCAAGUGGAAAAUCGAAAAGAAGUAGCAAAGACCACGUCUCUUUAUACUUGGCAAUUGUAAAUACAGAGAACCUUUCUCGUGGUUGGGAAGUUAAUGUUAACUUUAAGCUGUUUGUGCUGGAUCAAUAUAAUAACAAUUAUUUGACCAUCCAAGAUGGUGAUGGUGCUGUACGAAAGUUUAGUGAAAUGAAAAGUGAAUGGGGUUUUGAGAAAUUAAUUUCAUUGGAUGAACUCUUUGAUUCAUCUAAUGGAUACUUUGUUGAAGAUACAUGUGUGUUUGGAGCUGAAGUUUUUGUGAUUCGCCAUUGUGACAAAUGGGAAACUCUUUAUUUAGUCAAUGAUCCUCCACAAGUCUCACUCACUUGGAAACUUGACAAAUUUUCAUUUUGGACAGCAGAGGGCACUUCCAAACCCUUCACCGUUGGUGAGAGAGAAUGGAUGUUAAAGGUUCUUCCUCGCGGAUAUGAUGCAGAGGGAUUCAGAGGCUAUCUAGCAUUAAUCUUGCAGCUAACAGAUUGGAAAAAGUUCCCAUCAAAAAAAGCAGUGAAUGCAAGUGUCAAGAUAAAAAUUUUAGACCAGCUUAACAAUAAAAAUUAUGAGAAAACAGAAAACUUCUCGUUUAGUGCCUCACAAACAGACCAGGGAGAUUACAAAUUCAUAUAUCUUAGUGAUCUCAAGCAAGAAGCAAACGGAUAUAUUAAAGACGAUGUUGUAAUCUUGGAAGUUGAAAUCUUUAAGAUUUCAAUAAUUUAGAUUCCCCUUCUAGAUUAUUUACUAAUUUAAAAAUAGAAUAAAAUACAAUCCCUUUGUGGUUAUUGUGUGGUUGUGGUGCACAAUUUCUUGUAUUCUUGUAUUUUACAAACUUUCGGUGAAUGCGGAGCCAGUCUUUAUAAUAAGUGGGCGUUAAAUGUAACGAGUCUAAAGUUACAGAAGCAUUCGCCAACUUUGAUGUGGAAACACUUUUGUUUGUAUUUCAUUUGGCCAUCCUUUAAAUAAUGUUGUUUGUGGACUGUUUUCUCUAAAUUUCA